AUGGAUGGGAAAGAAAUUCAAAUCAAUGGUAAAGAUUAUCAGUGUGACAAAUUGAUGUGUGCUAUAGAGUGUUCAAAAGCUCACGAGUGUUAUUCUUUUAGUCAUGACGUCAAAACCAACAGGUGCGUGUUAUAUGAUGACGUCAUAACGACAGGAGUGUAUGACGCCAGCAGUAAAUGGAGAUAUUACACGUCGCCAGACCGACCUAAAAUACCAGUACUAUGCCCUACUGAUUACCAUGAAGAGUCCGAUAUGUGUUUUAUUAUAUACCCUGAGUUUGGUUUGGGUCUGGAAUAUUCCCGACUGUAUUGUCAGCAAAACGAUGCAGAUUUGGUUAUUAUAGAUUCCGAACGGAAGCAACAAACCAUAAACUCGUAUUUAACUCAAGGAACCUCCUAUUUGAUUGGGUUAUACAGUAGUCGCUAUAGUUCAGUGUUUGAAUGGGUUGAUGAUUUAACAUACGUCAACUACACCAACUGGGCUCCAAACGAACCUUCUAAUAUGCAGUCAGCAGAUCAAAGGUGUGCCAUUAUUGAAUAUUACUCCUUUCAUGGUCAAUUUAAAUGGGGCAGUUAUGAGUGUAAUACUGUAGAUGCUAUCAUUUGUGAAGUUACUGGAUUUGCACCAUCUGUGACAAACGCAUGA